CACCACACUAAAGGCAUCGGAAGUAAAAAGUUGCUUACUGUGAUUUAGUCGAAGGCAAAAUAGUGCACUUAAAAAUAGUGUCUUUCGUCUUCCGGGGCACUAGAGGGCAACGUCGGCCCGGAAAGAGUGUCAUGAUUGGUCGCUGUCGCGGCGGGACCGUUGUGUGCUCUAGCUUCUCGUAUUUUUGUUUCGGAACCUUUCCAGAACGAUGGGAGACAGCGAUGAUGAGUUCGACAGGAGGCGGCGGGACAAGUUCCGAAGAGAGCGAAGCGACAUGGAGCGUUCCCGGGAGCGAGAAGAGAGGCGACGGGACGAUUGGCCGGACAGGGAUUGGGAACGCGGCAGAGAGAGAAGGCGGGACUACGAUCGCGGGCGUAGAGAGAGGUUUUCACCUCCGAGACACAUGAGCCCUCAGCACAAGCGCAUGAGGAGAGACUGGGAUGACCAUCGUGUCGAGCCCUACCGCUUCGAGCAGCCCUUCGGAGGAGGUGCGGCUUUGUUCCCAAGGGUGGGCCCGCAGGGUUGGCCACCCGAUAUCCCUCAGCUCCCCAUACAUCAUGUAGCUCACCCGCUACAGGGAAGGUUAGCAAUGGUGGAUCCUGACCUGCCACCUCCCGGACCCCCAACCAUGAGGAGCUUCAAGGACUUCCUGCUGAACACUGAGGACAGCGUGGACGAGACGGAGGCUGUCAAGCGCUACAAUCAGUACAAAGUGGACUUCCGACGCCAGCAGCUGCAGGACUUUUUCGUCCAGCACAAAGACCAGGAGUGGUUCCGCUCCAAAUACCACCCUGACGAUAUCGCGGCUAGGAAGGCGGAGUCUAUGGCCGCGUUCAAACGCCGUCUUGGCGUUUUCCUCUUCCUGUGGGACAACAAGUGGCUGGACGACGUGGCGCUGGACAUGGAGUACGCCACCGCCAUUAUCAAAGUGCUGGAUGCAGCCGUCAUCAAGAUGGAGGGAGGUACAGAUCUGGACCUGAAGGUGCUAGAGCCUGGCGGGGAGAACGUUAGCCGUGGCGAGUCAGUAGCAAGUCAGAGUGAGGAGCCGGCCGCAAGAGAAGUGGGCGGAGCCCGGUGCGAGAAAGAUGAUGAGGGCAAGGAAAACGGGGAAGAGGAAGAAGAGGAGAAAGAGGAAAAGGAAGAGGAGGAGUCCAAGAAAGGCAGGAAGAGGAAGCGCAGCAUGUCGGCCGACAGCGGCGAGGGCUCCGCUUCCGAUUCGUCGCAGUCCGACAGCGAGAAAGAGCCCCCGUCGCCGGCCAGGCCUCGGCCGCUGCACCUCACCACCUCGCUCUUCAUCAGGAGCGUCCCGCCCGACGCGUCCAAAGAGGAAAUAGCCGCGUUGUGUCGCAGGUUUCCAGGCUUCCUGCGGGUAGCGCUGUCAGACCCUCAGCCAGAUAGGGGGUUCUUCCGCCGGUGCUGGUUGACGUUCGACCGCGGCGUCAACAUCAAGGAGACCUGCUGGAACCUACAGAAUAUUCGGCUCAGGGACUGCGAACUAGCUCCGGUGGUCAAUCGUGAUUUGUGUCGGCGCGUCCGCAGCGUCAACGGGCUGACUCAGCAUAAGCCCGUGGCGAGGAACGACGUGCGGCUGGCCGCCAGGCUGGUGCACACGCUGGACCAGAGGGCGGAGCUCUGGCAGGAACAGACGGAGUCCAACCCCGUCUUGAAGAACAUCACCGAUUACCUCAUCGAGGAAGUGAGCGCAGAGGAGGAGGAGUUGACCGGUUGCGAUGCGGGCGACGCCAAAGACAACGUCUCCUCUGAGGUCUCCGUGGAGACAGACAAGACCUUGUUAAAGGUUCUGGACACGCUGCUACUUUACUUGCGUGUAGUCCAUUCGUUGGACUACUACAACUUCUGCCAGUACCCGGCUGAGGACCACAUGCCUCAUCGCUGUGGGCUGAUCCACGUGCGAGGACCGCUACCUGUGGCCAAAAUUACUGCAACCGAAGUAAACGAACAUCUGAAAAUGUGUGAGGAACGCCUGGCUCCAAUACUGAGUCCACCAGAAGUCGUGAGCACAGAUGACGCAGUGCGCCUGGGAAAGAAAGACCCGGAACAGGAAGUGGAAAAGUUCCUGGCGGCAAACACUCAGGAACUCAGCAAAGAUAAGUGGCUGUGUCCUCUGAGCGGCAAGAAGUUUAAAGCACCAGAGUUCGUUCGCAAGCACAUCCUCAACAAACACGGCGACAAGGUGGAAGCCGUCAGACAGGAAGUGGAGUACUUCAACAACUACCUGACGGACGCUAAGAGACCAGCGUUGCCUGAGAACAAGCCACCGCCCCCGCCGGUCCAAGGUAAGCUAGGUCAGAACUUCGGGCCCUGGUUCAAGUCAACCGAAACACUCAGAUAUUUUGACUCUGUUCUAGCCGCCCCUGCCGGGUUUCCCGCUCAGUCGCCUCAACAGCAAAGCCUUCUUGGAUACCCGCCCGGUGUCAGGCCUCUGCUGCCCGGAUUCACCGGCGGUCCUCCUUACCCUGUCAACCAGUUCGGCGCCGGGCGCGGUCACUACGACAACUUCAGGGGCUUUCCGGGGAAACAGCCGAUUAACAGGGGUAUGCGAGGAGACCCGCGGUCCAUCAUCGAGUACAGAGACCUGGACGCUCCUGAUGACCUGGAGUUCUUCUGAAUGCAGAAUUCUGCGUGUGCGCGAUUGUAUUUGUUUUCAUCCAUAGGACCAAUUGUACUUUUACAAUCCAUGAUGUCAUAAUAAAGUUAUGAAAACACA